UGUGGUUUUUCAGCAGUUUUUGAGAUCUCGCAGGGACGCAGUGAACAAAUUUCUUCUCAAAGACUUCAUAGGACAUCGCGGACUGACCCUAACGUGCCUUGGAAUAACCAAAAAUAUGCUAUUUAUCUCUGCCAUCGUUUGUGUUUCGUUUUUCUAUUGCACGAACGGGAAAGGAUAUACACAGGCCCAGGUGUGUAAUGGAACAAAAGAAACAAUUGAAAUUGUGAACACUUGUCGAAUGAAUAAACUUCUAUUCGGAAAAAGAUCGCGAGAAAAGAUGUGUAACAAUUUCAGAUCAUGCCAAGGGGAAGACUUAGUGUAUCACUGUGUUAGAUAUAAAGACAAGUUUGUGGAAGUAUGUGCCCCUAGAGUUUUAAUUACAGGAAAAUGCUGUGCCCAGUACGAUGCCGGGGUAGGAAGAGUUGUUGAAGACUACGACCGACCUAGCCAAAAAUUACCAUUUGAAUACAAAUCGGAUAGUUUUUGGGAAAGUUCAAAAUGUGCUGAAACAUUAAAAUCAAAAUCUUGCGGCUCUGUUGCUACGGGGAAUUCAAGUCAGCUUCUGCAGUAAGUAUUAAACAAAUAUUUAAAAAAAACACCCAUAUAUUUGUACUCUGAAUGUAUUUUUUUCAAUACAGAAUAACGAAUAGGUAUCAACAAACGCGUUAAAGUUAAUCUGUUUGCAUAGCAUAAUUUAUUUUUAUUUUACCUCGCCAAAUAUAAUGCGAAAAUGUAGUUAGAUUUGGGUGUGAUUUCUCAUUAAUUCCACAUGAUCAUCUAACAUGGCUUUUAUUAAAAGAAAGUCUACAGCGUCUUCAAUUUUUAGCUCACCGAGACAAAGUCAAGGGGAGCUUAUGCUUUACCCCCGGCGUCGGCGUCGGCGUCCGGACCUGGUUAAAGUUUUUGUUGCAGGUAUCUAAGCUAUUACUUGUCCUAUCUUCAGCAAACUUCACCAAACUUUUAUUUUUAGCUCACCUGAGCUUUAAGCUUAACAGCUUUUCUGAUCACAUUUUGUCCGUCGUUCGUCUGUUCGUAACCUUUUCACAUUUUCAAUAUUUACUUUAAAACCACUGACACAAUUUCAAUCAAUUUUUGCACAAAGCAUCCAUAGACAAAUUGAAGGGGAUACAAAAUUGUGGAAAUAAAGGAUCACACCCUUUUAAAAAGGGAGAUAAUAAGGAAUUGAAAAUUUCUGAAAUAUUAUCAAAACCCUUCUUCUCCAGAAACAUUUGGCCUGCCAGGCUGAAACUUCUGUGAAAGCAUUUUAGAGAGAGUAGAUUCAAAAUUGAUAAACUCAUGACUAAAAAGGGUAGGGUAUGGCCACAAUAAGGGGUACAAUUUUAACAAAUUAAUAUAUAUCAUAAAUAUUCUUCUCAGAAACCAAUUAGCAAGCUAAGGAAAGCUGAAACCUAUGUGGAAGCAUUCACAGGUAGUGUACAUUCAAAGUUGCGAAAAUCAUGACCAAAGAGGGUAGAAUUAGGUCAUAAUGGGUGUCGAAGAUUUUCAUAGGAAUACAUAGAGUAAAGCUUUAAAAAUCUUCUUUCCAGACACCAAUCAGCCAAGUAAGCUGAAUCCUAUGUGGACGCUUCCUAGGGAAGUGUAGAUUCAAAGCUCUGAAAACCAUGACACCCCGGGGGUAUGAAGAAACCACGAUGGGGGUUGAAUUUUUACAAAGGAAUAUAUAGAGUAAAACUU